UUUGCAAUUCUAAAAUAUUGAAAUUAGAUUUAAUCAUGGGAGGAGGAAGCUCAAAUGCCAAGAAAAAGAAAGCAUCCAAAGAGACAAGGAUGAUCACGGUAGUCAGCAAGAAGGUUCCUGAUAGCAAGAUAACUUACUCUGAGAUGCACUCUAUUGGGUGGGAAAGACCAGAAUCCGCUUUGGUUCCAGAUGUUAUCGAAAGACCUUCCACGACUAUUAAUGAGAGUGAAAAUAUAGCAAGAAUCACACCAAUGCUUGAAAUGCUUGAGCUGCACAAUGACCAGGAUCUUGAUCAGGAUUAUGUACUGGAAAUCUGGGGGAAAUAUUUUGGAGAUAAAGAAUUCAUUCGUGAAGUGAAGCAAUACAGAUUCCCGAAAAUAAAACAGCUUAGGCUCCGGUGGCUGAGUGGGUUUAAAGGGGAUAAGGAAAUAAAAGAUAUCAGCGACUUUUUCAAAUAGCAGUGUCAAAGUUUUGGAUAAAGGGAUUUGUAUACAUGGAGGUUCAGGGCAUUUUGAUCUCAGCCAAGUCAAGAAAGGAUUUAAUUCUUUACUUCCAUGUGUGCAAGGUGAAAUAUAUCUUGACACUCUCUACUGAAAUGAAGAAAUGGUUCAGCUCAUAUUCGAGAAAUCUUUCAGAGUGAGAAGAAUAGUGUUUUGAAACUGUAAGAUAGAUAUAUCAGAGUCAUUCUCUCUGUCUCAUGUUCCAAUGUACAAGCUUCAAUCUCUUGAUCUAUAUUGCAGCUGAGCUGAGGACAACUCAGAUUACUUAGAUUACAUAAAAUUACCAAUCUUAGCAAAAGCAAUGUCUAAUACUAACAUUGUAAACACACUAGAGCACUUGCAUGUAAGAGAGAGCUGGUAUAGCAGUAAGGAAGUCUCGAAAAUCUUCAAAGUUGAAAAUGGCUUUAAUGUAGAGAUUAAUGGAUACCAUCGCUUUCCAGAAGAGCUAGAGUAAUCACAUUUCAAUUACGAUUCUAAUAACAG